CAGCACACGGUCAUUGUAUUCUCACAAGAUCCGUCGUAUAAUAUCUGACCUUUUUAAAAUACUUGUACCUUUUUACUUGUAACGUAGGAGAAUUCACUCAUUUCUACAUAGGAAUUCACUUUAUUAUUCUUUUUUUCUUUCUUUCCUUAUUCAUCGUUAAUUUUCCUGCCAGCCAUGGACUCUUUUUCUCUGCAAUCUUCUCAUAUCAAUGGCUUCUGUCGGUCUAAUCUUAAUUUUGGAAGCAACCCAUUGGUGAUUAGAGCUAAUAAACUACUGGGUUUUGAUUAUUAUUGGAAACAGAGAAGUAUAAGAUGGCCUAAUUUUUCACUUAAAUGUCGGACUUUUGUUGAAGGAAUUGAAGGUGGGGUUUCUAGUUCUACAGAUGGGUCUAAACCUGUUGAGCUUCACCAUGAAGGAAAUGAAGAGUUGAAGGGUCAAUUAGUUGGACCUGUUAAGCCUUCUUCUGCUUCUAUUGUUCGGUUUCACUUGUUUUCUCAACCAGCUAACGCAGACGAUAGUAACUCAAAGGCUACCGGAACCCUGGAUCUGGAUGAACAAGUUAGGGAACAGGAAGUGCAGGAAGAAGAUAAGGAUCAGGAUGUACAGGAAAUAGACGAUGUUGAAGAACACAACUGUCGAGUUAGGGAGGCAAUUGACCGUGAAGGAGAGGAUGGAUCCCCUGCCGGAGUACCUUCCAGUGUCAUCCCUAAACAAGAAGUAGGUAAUGACAGCGUGGUUGAAGAUGAUUUUCAGGAAGAAACUGUUUUUGAAGGAGAGGAGAAACUCCUUACCAAACUGAAGUUAAGCAUCGUCUUUGUUGCUUCAGAAGCUGCACCAUAUUCCAAGACAGGAGGUUUAGGAGAUGUUUGUGGUUCCUUACCUAUAGCUCUAGCUGCACGUGGGCAUCGUGUAAUGGUAGUUUCUCCUCGAUACAUGCAUGGUACGGCUGCAGAUAAAGUUUAUGCCGGUGCAUUUGAUGCCAACUGCCGAAUUAAGGUCAAUUGCUUUGGUGGGCUGCAAGAAGUCGCAUUUUUCCACGAGUAUAAAAAUGGUGUUGAUUGGGUUUUUGUCGAUCAUUAUUCCUAUCAUCGACCAGGAAAUCCAUAUGGCGACAGCCAUGGUGCUUUUGGGGACAAUCAGUUCCGGUUCACUUUGCUUUGUCAUGCUGCGUGUGAAGCUCCUCUUGUUCUUCCUUUAGGAGGGUACACCUAUGGGGAUAACUGUUUGUUCCUUGUCAAUGAUUGGCAUGCAGGCCUUGUACCAGUACUUCUUGCAGCUAAGUACCGUCCAUAUGGAGUUUACAAGGCUGCACGCAGUGUACUCGUCAUACACAACUUGUCUCAUCAAGGUGUGGAGCCUGGAGUAACAUAUGAUAAUUUAGGACUUCCUUCACAUUGGUAUGGAGCUCUAGAAUGGGUAUUUCCGGAGUGGGCCAGAGCACAUGAACUUGACAAAGGUGAGGCCGUCAAUAUUUUGAAGGGAGCCAUUGUGACUGCUGAUAGAAUUCUUACUGUCAGCCAGGGUUAUUCAUGGGAAAUAACAACUGUGGAGGGCGGCUAUGGUUUGCAUGAAUUACUAACCAACAGGAAAUUUGUAUUAAAUGGUAUUAUAAAUGGCAUCAAUGUUGAUGAAUGGAAUCCAUCCAAUGAUCCGCUAAUCGCUGCCCCUUACAAUGUAGAUGAUCUCUCUGGAAAGGCCGAAUGCAAGGCGGCUUUACAAAAGGAGCUUGGUCUUCCUAUAAAGCCUGAUUGCCCAUUGAUCGGCUUUAUUGGGAGAUUGGACUACCAGAAGGGUAUUGAUAUAAUUCAAGAAGCAUUUCCACAACUUAUGGGAGAUGAUGUGCAAUUUGUUAUGUUAGGUUCAGGGGAUGCUAGAUAUGAGCGUUGGAUGAGAGCAGCAGAGGGCGCCUGCAAAGACAAGUUCCGAGGUUGGGUUGGAUUUAAUAUCCCAAUCUCUCAUAAAAUCACUGCAGGGUGUGACAUCCUUUUGAUGCCUUCAAGAUUCGAACCGUGUGGACUAAAUCAGCUCUAUGCAAUGAGAUAUGGAACUAUACCAGUUGUUCAUGCCACAGGAGGACUUCGAGAUACUGUUGAAACAUACAAUCCUUUUGCAGUUGGAACCGAUGGUACUGGUACUGGUACUGGUACUGGUACAGGUUGGGCCUUUUCUCCAUUGGCGAAGGAGAGUAUGUUGGCGGCUCUGAGAAAUGCAAUAAGAACAUACAGGGAUUACAAGGAGUCAUGGGUAGGGUUGAUGAAGAGAGGGAUGCUACAAGAUUUUACAUGGGAUACUGCUGCUUCUCAGUAUGAGCAGGUGUUUCAGUGGGCUUUCAUUGAUCCUCCAUACUGCUAAGAUCAUACACAAGGCGUUGUGUACCGAUACGACACAUUAAUAAGGAAUAAGCUAAAGAAAUGGCAUAAAAUAAGCCUUGUUUCUUACUAUCAGUUCAGUUUCUAGGUUUGUUUGUGCAGUUGUGUUUGUGUCAAUAACCAAAAAAUAAGUCCUUUCAAUUCAUACCCUUAAAUUAAAUGCAUGUAUAUAUUAUAUAUUAUAUAUUAUAUAAUACAAGUACAUACUAACAGAUAGUUGGAGAUAUAGAGAAUAAUGAACUGAUCAGAGUCAAUAGUAUUGUACCUAUAAAUUAUUACAAGCACUAAUUAUUUUCCAUUUUUCUCUUUUAUUGCUAUAUUAUUUUAUUCUUAUAAUCAAAUGUGUUAUUUAGAUCUCUAAAAAUUUGAUUCAACCUAAGAAACCCGAAAGUAAGUUACUAACAGCGAACAAAAAAAUUGAUCAAAAAAAUAUCAAAUUAUUUGUUUGCAGUUAAUAAUUGCGAAUAACGUUAAAAGGGAGAAAAAAUGGAAAUAAUAUUUAUUCGCAUUUACUAAUUGCGAACAAAUAAUUUUUUGCUUUUUUUUUAUUCUUUCUAACGUUAU